GACUGAGACGCACACAUCACCAACCUUGACCUGCAAAGAAGAAAAUUCUUCUCUGAUGGAAAUUAAAGAGGAACCAAAUUUAAGAGAAUGUGCUGAUGACGAUUCUUCUACAAAACUGAAGUUAGAAAUGUCUGGAUUUACCAAACCUUCACAACUGCCUACUUCCAUGAAGAAGGAGAUAAAAGAGGAGGAAUUUGAUGCUUUCCUACAAGAGUAUCCGUCUACAUUUAAGACAGUGGAAGAAAAGCCUGGACUGGAAUAUGAAUGCAAGACUGAAAUGUACACAUCUACCAUCAUGACAUUGAAAGAAGAAAGCAAUUCACCAAUGGAAAUCAAAAAUGAAGAAGAAUUUGAUUCAAGAGAAUAUGGUGACUUCGACUCUUCACCUACAAGAGGCGUUCAAAGGAUCCAAUCUAACAAAAGAGGGAACACUGAUCAAAAAAGGAACAAAGAGAGCCGUCAUAAACGCCCCCAGUGCAGAAAGACUUCAUACCAGAAAUUACAUCAGCGACUGGACACCAGGGAGAAACAGCAGGAAUGCUCCCAGUGUUUCAAAACAUUUCCUAGAUCUUCCCUUCUUGCAAUUCAUCAACAACUACACACAGGAGAAAAGCCCCACCAGUGCAGUACAUGUGGGAAGGCCUUUAGUCAUCUGUCUGCUCUAAAGACACACCAGAGGAUCCAUACUGGGGAAAGGCCUUACCAGUGCUCUACAUGUGGGAAGGCCUUUAAUCAAUUGUCUCACCUCAAGGUACACCUGAAGAUCCAUACCAAGGAAAAGCCCCAUCAGUGCAGUACAUGUGGGAAGGCCUUUAAUCACUUGUCUGCUCUAAAGACACACCAGAGGAUCCAUACUGGGGAAAAGCCGUAUCAGUGUACUUCAUGUGGAAAGUAUUUCAGGAUUAGCUCCACCCUCACCAGACAUCAGAUUACACAUACAGGAAAGCCACACCAGUGCAGUACAUGUGGGAAGGCCUUUUGUCAAUUCUCUUCUCUCAAGACACACCAGUGUAUCCAUACUGGGGAAAAGCCCCAUCAAUGCAGUACAUGUGGGAAGGCCUUUAGUAAAAUGUUUCAUCUCAAGACACAUCAGAGGAUCCAUACUGGGGAAAAGCCACACCAGUGCAGUACAUGUGGGAUGGCCUUUAAUCAAUUGUCUAACCUCAAGAAACACCAGAAGAUCCAUACUGGGGAAAAGCCGUAUCAGUGUACUUCAUGUGGAAAGUAUUUCAGGGUUAGCUCCAGCCUCACCAGACAUGAGAUUACACAUACUAGAGAAAAGCCACACCAGUGUAUCCAUACUGGGGAAAAGCACCAUCAGUGCAGUACAUGUGGGAAGGGUUUUAGUAAAAUGUAUAAUCUCAAGACACACCAGAGGAUCCAUACUGGGGAAAAGCCACAUCAGUGUUCUCAGUGUGGAAAGACCUUUUGUCAGAUUUCUAAUCUCAAGAGACACCAGAGAAUCCAUUCAAAUGAUGUGCUGCCCUGCUAAUACAUGAUGGAGUAUCUCUAACUGAAAUAGUUUUUGAUUAGCCGAGUUUUAAACAACAUUUGAUGUACAAGAUGAAGUAUUAUUUUAUCAUAUUUGAAACGUGUGUUGAGGUAGAGAUUGAAACGUGAAUUGUU